UGUGUUGGAGUGCAUUUGAAUGACAAAUCAUCAAUAUUGAAUCUCUGUAUCUCUUUUCUCUGCAGACUGAUGUGAGGGGACCAUGAUGAGGACAGGCCAUGGUGAGGUGUGACUCAGGACCCAGCGCUGGGGAGGGCACCUGGAACAUUGAUGGAUACUGGAUAUAGAGGUCAGAUGGUGUUCUGAACGAGACAUGGGUAGCUACUGUAGCUGUCCUGACAAAGACUUCCCUGAUAAGCAUCAAAGCAAAUUCAAGGUGAUAAAUGUGGAUGACGAUGGUAAUGAGUUGGGCUCAGGCUUGAUGGAGCUGACAGAGGAGGAGCUUAUCCUCCAUACCAGGAAACGUGACACCGUCAAGUGGCCUUACCUCUGUCUGCGUCGCUACGGUUACGACUCCAACCUCUUCUCCUUCGAGAGCGGGCGACGAUGCCAGACUGGACAGGGUAUCUUUGCCUUCAAGUGUGUGAGGGCAGAGGAGAUGUUCAACGUGCUGCAGGACAUCAUGCACAACAACAGCAUCAGUGUAGUGGAGGAGCAGGUGGUGGAGCUCAACCCUAUAGAGACGACUGAGAUGUCCCGCAAACCACACACUGCUGCUGCUGGCUACUCUGUACCCACGUUACCGAACGGUAUAGGACGCCACCCGUCGUUUGGUGAGGCCUCGUCGCGCCCUUCUAGCCGACACCCGUCUGUAGGCAGCGCCAGGCUGCCCUCCGUGGGAGAGGAGUCAUCACACCCCCUCCUGGUCUCAGACCAGUCGGUCCACACCUACGUAAACACUCCUGGGAUACAGGAUGACCGGCGCACUCGCCCCAGCAGCCACACCCCCUUGGAACUGCGGCUGUCCAAUCCGGAGACGACCUCCUCGCUAGCUACCGCCCCUCCGUCUCCCACGGAGACAGACAUGGAUACUGAGCCUCAGGUGCUGCUGGAGCCAGAAGGGGUUAAAUUCAUCCUGGGUCCCACCCCGGCUCAGAGGAGGCAGAAGCAGACCCCUGGGGAUGAGGACAGGGAGGCUGGGUCCAGACGUUCUGGGGAUGAGGACAGGGAGGCUGGGUCCAGACGUUCUGGGGAUGAGGACGGGGAGGCUGGGUCCAGACGUUCUGGGGAUGGAGAGAUGGAGCUUGGGGUGUCUGGGUCUAACGAUGAGCCCAGCUUGACAGCUCCCUCUGGGGGUCUGAACGGGAAUGGGAACGACUGUGUGGUGGGCGCAACCCUGGGUCUCCAGGCAGGAGACUGUGAUACGGGCUAUGACAGUGAUGAACGCAAAGACGGGCCCCCUCCCGCUCUUCCUCCGAACCCAAACCCUCCACCUCUCCCAGGGCCCAAACCCAGCACCAUCUCCACCUAUGAGCACCACAAUGGCAACACCAGCCAUCCUUAUGUUUCCACCCCUGUUCCAGCCCCCAACCCCCGGCGUAACCGCCCCGCCAUCCCCCUCCCUGACUCCUCCCACAAUGCCAACAACUCCGCCCAGCGGCGCACGGCGCUCCUUAACUACGAGAACCUCCCGGCGCUGCCGCCGGUGUGGGAGACCGCCAGGCGCUUCUCCGAGGGAGACGAGGAGGACGAAGAGGAGGUGUAUCACGGAUAUGGACCAAAGACGCCCUCCCUUAACGGCUACCACAACCACCACCACCAUCCUCACCACCAUCAUCAUCACCUUCAUCACCACGGUCUGGGUCUGGACCCCAUGCACAACUACGUCAACACAGAGAAUGUAAAUGUCUCGCUCAGCGCCAAACUGGACUCUGCGCGGAUCCUUCCGCGGGGGCGGGACUCUAGCCGUCUGUUUGACCCCACCGUCUUUAACUUUGACUUCCGGUCGGGGCGAUUGGCGGGUGGACCGUGUGGGUUGGGGUUGGAUCCCCUGAGGCAGCUGAACUACAUUGAGUUGGAGAUGGAGAAGGGUUCGGACUCCAGUGGGCCGCAGACACCCAAGACCCCCACCACUCCCUGUGGCCUCGGCCUGGGCAGUCUCCUCCUCCCCCCCUCCACCCCCACGCGGAGGACCGAACUGUACGCCAUGAUCGACAUCGAGCGCACGGCGGCCAUGUCGAGCCUUCAGAAAGCACUGCCCCGUGACGACGGUACCUCUAGGAAAACCAGACACAACAGUACUGACCUUCCUAUGUGAACUUCACCACGCCCUCCCAUACCUAGCCUACCAAGCACUGAUCGCAAAUGGAACCCUAUUCCCUAUAUAGUGCACUACUUUAGACCAGAGCCCUAUUCCCUAUAUAGUGCACUACUUUAGACCAGAGCCCUAUUCCCUAUAUAGUGCACUACUUUAGACCAGAGCCCUAUUCCCUAUAUAGUGCACUACUUUAGACCAGGACUAUUCAUAAAGUGCCUGAGAGUAGGAGUGCUGAUCUAAGAUCAGUUUGACCUUUUUAGACAAUAAGGAAUCCGAUGACCUGGACGGG